AUGCCCGCCGUCGUCGCGCCGGCCACGCAGCCGGCCCAAGGUGCAUUCGUCGUCAUACCUCCUCCGCCCGCCGCACCAGGUCUGCCCGUGCCUACUUACCUCCCGCCAAUCGCGCAGGUACUCGCUGGUCUCCCUCACCCGCCGUACAACAUCGUGCUGCCUCCAAUCAUCGCACACCAGCCUCCGCCCGCCACUAUAUACCUCCCGCCAAUCACCCAGGUACUCGCCGGUCUCCCUAACCCGCCGUACAACAUCGCGUUGCCUCCGAUCGUCGCACACCAGCCGGCGACAACGCAGAACCCCAGGAUGCAGCUGGACUUCAUUAUGAUGUAGCGACACAUGGUCUCUUAUCCAACAUAGCGCAGAGAAAUAGUUCUGAACUUGUCUUGAAAUUUGUAAAGUAGUCAGCCCUUGUCUAUCGAUUCUUUGUUGCGUACCUCGGGACGAUGAACCUUGAACUAAGUGUGAGUUGGAGCUCGUAGCUGAGAUAA